AUUUAUAAACGUCCCCCCAACCAACAUCCAUUUGGCCGGAAAAGAAAACCUACCUUCACCGUCACCGGAAAAUCUUCACACCGAUCAUCAAAUCAAUCAAAACCUCCAAAACAAUGCUGAAUAAAUCCACAAUCUCCUCUUCAAAACUCACAACUCAACCUAACCUCCCAAAACCUUCAACCGCUGAUGCACAAUUAACCUUCUGGCCGCCGUCCGCCGCGGCGGUUGACGCUCUAGUCUUCAAAUUGAAGGCGAAAGAUGGAGAUUCGGAAGCAAAUUGGGAGAAAAUUAUACUGAAUUUCAAAAAAGAAAUUGAACAACAAGAUGAACAAUUGAAUUAUACUCAAUCUUCCGGUGACGGAGGAGAGAGGAGAGAGAAAGUUAGGGCAAAGUUUUCGGUUCCGCUUUCACGGAAGGAGAUGGAGAAGGAUUUUGAAGAUAUGGGGGAGAGGAGGUUGCCUAGAAAACCUAAGAAGAGACCUAGGGUUAUACAGAAUCACUUGGAUACUCUAUUUCCUGGUUUGUGGUUGACCGAGAUACAUGCCGAUCUUUAUAGAGUUUCCGAGACCAAGAAGAGAUAGCAAAUUUAAAUUUUUCUGGAACUUUGAAGAAUUUUGUCUAUAUCUGACGCAUCCCAAAAUAACGUUGGGUAAUUCAGUGCAACCGAAAAGCACCAAAUGUAAGUAUAGCAUCAUACUUUGAGUUAUGAUUUUUUUUAACGGUAGAAAAUUUGAUCUUUAUAUAGAAGGCGUUUAGACAGAUUCAUCAUCAUUCUUUGAGCUUUUGUUAAAAGAUAUUUUAAACAAGUCAUCUUAUUUGAGACAGUAUGCUAGAUUUCUUUUUUUGUAUCAUUGGAUGUCUAUCCCUUAUCCAUGCUUGUUUUAGAUAUUAAUCUUCUAAGAUUAACACGAUUAAUGAUAAUACCUUUUUAUGGUUUGCAUAGAUAUUUUGUGUGUAUAUACCAAACCUAAACCUUAUAUAACCUAAUUCCUGAUAAAAGACUCUUAUGGAGGCUGCUAAUGUGUCUGUUUGUUUGUCAAAAGUUUGCCAACUUCCUAUAAAGUUACGUUAACCAGAAAAAGGAAAGUAGAACAAUACAAAUGGGAUGUUUGGAGGUAAACACCACCUACUAUUUAUUGAUAUUUUAAUGCAAUAAUUAAAUACUAGUGAAUUAGUGAUCGAAAACAGUUUUCAUUAAGCGCUUAGCAGAUGUCUUGGGUUCAAAUCCGAUGCCUUUGAAGGGCAUCUGUCUAGCGCAAGCUAUUUUGACCCGGUCCCAUUGGUUGGCAAAAAAGAAAAAGAUUUCAUGAGGGAUGUACUUUAACAGAAUUCUUUCAUCGAUGUAUUUUAAUUGAUUAACAUGUCAUUCUUAGAAUCCUGUUGCAGUCUGACUCAGCCAUUGCCUCCAGUGACCAUGGGUGGUAUAUGGUGGAAUUAAUGGAGCACAGAAGUCAAACCAGUCAAACACAAGUCAGUUACAUAUAUAUUAGCAAUCAAUGAUAGGUGGCUGUGGUCAAUUUUAUCUCAUUUUUGGCUGUGGCUUAUGUUAUUUUGGCUACAAACCUUGGUCUAUAUUGCAAGUGGAUAAUGUCCUAUUUUAUCAAUAUAUGGUUUUCCACCAA